AUGAUGCAGAUGCCAUCGAUUAAGAUGCAUACACUUUUGAUAAGGUACACGGUUGAGAUUUUUGAGCCCACCACGGGAAGAUUCAUUGUAGAAGAGGUGGUUGGUGAGGUGUCUCUCGGUGCCGUGGACGUUGAGUGCAUCUUCAACUUGGACAACCUAGGACUGUCGGCAUCAGACAUUCUUAGUGAAGAAGGUGAGGACAUAAAAGACCGGGUGCCGCCUCAAUUGUUGAGUAAGUCUACUGGUAAUAUCGUCAUCGAUGAUCUCAUUGCGGACAUCAUUAAGAAUAAAUCCGCCGACGACGAUUUCCUUCGGAAAGUAGUCCUUGUCCUCCUAGGAACAGUCCUUGCUCCCAUGUCGAGCAAGAUUGUCCCAAAACAGUACUAUGCAUUGGUGGACGAUGUGAAACGUAUUUCCAAGAUUAAUUGGAAUGCGUUCACCCUCGAUGUUCUCCUCGACCGCCUUCGCGUUGUGAGGAAAGCUAGUAGGAGAGAUCGUUUUGAUUAUGACAACGGUCGCGGCCGUGGUAACGCCAAGGUGGAAGAUAAUAUUACACAGGAAUAUAGGGUACAGGAGGCCAAAGUCCCACAAGAUGCUCCACAAAAGGCAAAACCCAAGCCCGCUAGUGUCACCGCAAGGAAGUCCAAGGCUGCGAUAUCCGCGGAUGAGAUGAUGAAGGCUAUACUGAAGCGAUGCAUGGAAUACAUACACAAAGAGAUGAGGCAAAUCCCUGAUCUAGUAGUAGAGAGAUUGUUGGAGAAGUUGAACAAAGAAGGUGUGAUGUACAAGCCCGUGGGUGUAGAGGCAUCCGAUCCCAUCAUUGAUCUAACGCAGCCAGAGGAAGAUGUUGCGUACCAGAAAGCUGUAGAUGAGGAAAAAACACCAGCUAAGAAGAAUGUUGACAAUGGUGCUGCACCUACUAAGCCAAACGAUGAAAUUGGUGCAACACCGGACAACCCUUGGAUUGUUGGUAAUUCUUCUGAAGCAGGUUCAUCGGACAUAGACAUUAGUGCAACUUCUGUCACCAACUUCAUGGCUAAGGCAAAACCAACAAAGGCUGAAACAAACGGGAAGGAAGAGGACUUUACGCCCGGGAAGCAGAAGCAGACCCUUCGCAAGAAAUUUGAAUGCCCAUAUGCACUUGACAAGCCGAGCAGGCGUGCCACCCGUGCUUUGUUUAAUGAGAACAAAGUGCCGGAGGUUGUGGCAGAUGAGUUAACGCCAGAACUAAUUGAUGCAGCUGUUUCAUUUGUGGAACUAACUUGCAAGAGCAAGAAGAACAUGAAAAAAAGAGUUUACUACAAUGCUAGUGGUAAUGCUCUGAGGUCUGAAAGGCUUCAACCGGUUAUUGAUGCUUAUCUAGAACACUUGGCGCUGCGCGUUCGUCAUGAUCGCCACCUCUGUCCAGCAUGGAGGUCCAAAUACCUUGUAGAUCGUGCUUUGGCACGUGACAAUCUGGUGCCGUCAAGGUACAACAUGGAUAGUGCAAUUGCAAAAGCUGGAGCAGUUGCUAGAGUUCUGGAAGAGUAUACUGGGCGUGAUAAGACGUAUGUCCCAUUGAAUAUCGGCAAUACACACUGGAUGACCGUGGUAAUGCACAUGCCGAAGAAAGAAUUCCAAGUUAUGGAUUCACUCUAUCCUCUUGACAUGUCAAUCGAGACUGUUGAAGCACUGCGGCUCGCUAUAGGACAGGAGGAUAUGCUAGAGGCAAACCAUAUUACAGCCGGGAAAUAUCCAGACGUGACAAAGUGGCCUAUCAAAGAAUACGACAUGCCACAACAAGAAGACGGGUGA